GGGGCAUCUACGAUGCGUCCGAGGGCGGGCCGGUAUGCGAUGAGGCGGUGGUGCAACGAAAAACCCGAAAUCGCUGUCACAAGUGCCGCUCUCCGUGCAAUUGUUCCACACGCCCAAACUCCUGUCGCAUAGCCCUUUGUACGUAACCCUUGCACACAGCAGCAGCACAUAUAGUGAAAAUGGCCCCCCUCUUCUCGCUCUCCCUGAUGUUCACGUCCGUCGCCGCACUGCUGGCGCCACGUGCGGCCAUCCGUAGUACGCGUCUGAUGGCCGAGCCGCCCAUCGGCGACUUGGCUGAUCGCCUCUUGAGCGCCAAGGAGAAGUCGGGCAAGACCUUCGACCAGAUCGCCGACGAGCUGGGUUUCACGAACACGUACACGACGCAACUUUUGUUAGGACAGGCCCAAUUGAAACCGGAGACGCUGCCCAAGCUCAAGAAGGCCGUGCCCGGCAUCUCCGCCGCCGACCUCGAGACCAUCAGCAAGGCGCCCUUCCGCGGCUGGGACCCGGAAAUCCUCAAGGAACCGAACGUCUACCGGACGUACGAGGCCAUCACGCACUACGGCAACGCCAUCAAGCUGCUGAUCAACGAGAAGUUCGGCGACGGCAUCAUGUCGGCCAUCGACUUCUACAUGACGGUGGGCGGGACCGUCGGCAAGAUGGGCGAGAAGCGGGUCGUCAUCACGUUCAACGGGAAGUUCCUGCCCUUCAUCGAGCAGGUCGCCGCCGACAACUCCGCGGCGUCGCCCGAGAUCGCGGAGUGAUUCUCUGGUCUUGAUGCCCUGUCCAUACCCCUGCACAUAUUGACGCAUACGACCACCUGUACAUGUCCUGUUCAUAUAUACUGCCGCGAUUCGCGCAAGUCUAAUGUAAGUCUAACUUA